GCCUAACUGUAAACGCCAUUUUUCAGUCAGUCUACAUUAAAACUAAAAUCGUUUUCACUAUAUUGAACAACAGAACAAGUUUUUAAAUGAACGCAGUUUUUUUAAUUUCAGGGUUUGUACUCCUAACCUUAACAGCCAAAGGACAAGAUGUAAAUUCUCAAGUGUUUACCGACAUCAAUUAUGAAACAGCUUGGUCGGUCCUGAAAAACCUUCAAAACGAUUAUCCUAGUCUUCUUACCAUUACAAUAGCUGAAGAUAUUUACGGAAAGAAAUAUCCUGGAAAUCUUUUUAACGAUAGCUCAAUUACUUGUGGAUCGCAAAGAUGUGAAACACCUAUUAUUCGUUUGGCUCAUAAAGAUAAUGAAACUGAAUCGAAUCUAAAACGACCACAGAUUUUGCUUUUGGGAAACUACGGUGGAGAAACUAAUGAAGGAACUGCCGCAUUAAUCACAUAUAUUUCGAUGUUGUGCCAAUACUACGGAAAACAUCCAACUCUUACUCACAUUUUAAGAACACGUGAUAUAUGGAUGCUUCCAUUCCCUAACAGUUGGGGAUUCUACCAUUUAAAAACUGAUGAGUUGGGAAUAGAUCCCAGUGUUGACUUUCCAUAUAAAGUUAAAAAUGGAGAAUGCUUUAAGACAAGAACUACUAGAAUAAUAAAUGAGGUAGUCUCCGAAAACCUUUUUCAAAUAGCCAUCAAUUUUCGACACGGUUCUCCAGCGAUAGGAUUAUCUUGGUACUCAUAUAAUCAUACUCCUUGCAACGAAAUUGACUAUUCAACAUGUAGCCGUGAGUCUCCGGAGACUAUCAGCCAGGAUUACAUAGCUGAUGCUAUGUCAGAGGCUUCUGGAACCGUUGAAAUUGAUUCGAAUCCUGAAAUCAUUACACGAUAUAUGUCUGUACGACGAAGAAAUUCCUCUAUAGAGUUUUCACCUGGAGUUUUUGAAAAUUGGAUAUCUGCGGCAUCUUGGGAUAAUGGGUCAAUACCUGAAAAAUGUUUUGCUCCUGACCAAUACCCCUCUAAACUAGAGAUUUAUUAUAAUAGUUUUUCUAAAAGGAGUUCAUCAUUUUCAAUAGAAACACCGCGAUUGAAAGUUGCAAAUAAAACGUUUAAAACUUAUUUAAUUUCCGAUAUAAUAAAUCGAACAAAUCAUGAUCCUCAGGUCAUUCGUACGAUUCGUGCGAUUCAUAAAGCUGUUGAACUCCUAAAACCAGAAAUCAUUCAUCAAACAAAACCCAUUCUUAUUUCUACUAAUCCGACCUCCACAAAUCUCAAAGUUCAAUUCCUUGCCAUUGGAUGCCUACACAUUGACUAUAUGACUCUGGUGGUUAAACCACGUGCCAAAUUUAACAAUCGUUUACACAGAAUUUCAAUUUUCCGUAUACCGAAAAAAUGCCGAUCUAUAUCUCCUUGGGACAACUGGAAUUCUACUAGCAAUGGAGAAUGGGAGCCAACUCAAAAUGAUGUUAUUGAUGUGAAUGUGACGAUACCUAUAUUUGAUAAUUCGACGUCCUUCUAUUUUGAAUACAGUUUCGAUUCUUAUUGGAACAAGAUUGUUCCUGUAUAUCGAAAACAAGACCCGAAAUCCCUGUUUCUUUUAGCACGUUCAUCAGAAUUUUUGAAUAUUCAAACGUCAAAUGCAAAACUUGCCUGCAACUCGCACAGCAAUCAAGACACGCUAAACAAAGCACAACAAGGCGCCAUAUAUGUAGCCAACUACUGCCAUAGUGACGCAAACAGUAAUGUGAGCGUUACCGAUGAAGUGGAGGAAUUUACUCAAAUUGCCAAAAAACAAAGCUUUGCUUCAAACUAUUUCUCACUUGAUCUAAAAAUCGCAAGAGUCUGUCUCGUUCAAGAAGCAAAUACACAUUCAAAUUCAACUAUGUAGUUUGUGGCAAAAAGUUAAAAAAAAUGUAAUUAAAGUGAAAACAUGUAAUGAAUUCGUUAAUUACAUAUUAAGCAAAAAGAAUUUUUUAGUAUUGGAUUGUUGUAUUCAUUUUGUAACUUUCAUAAAACGGUUACGUUACAAAAAACAAAUAAAGUUAAAAAAUCGAUAAACCACACAGCUACAUU